CACAAACAAGCCAUCCAGCAAGCAAGCCACAACAACAGCGACACACAUCGAAAAAGUUGUGUGAGACGUGUGACCGUGAGCGAUGGAGCAGCAGCAGCGCCCGCGAGCCAACACGGGGGAGAACCGGAGGGUGCGUGCGUCGCGCGUGGUGCCUGGGCGGCCAACGCGUGAGGCGCCAGCACCCCCGCCAACUCCGCCGCAAGGGAUCCUGCCUUUGUCGUCGCCUUCGCCGUCAUCGGCGUCACCGCUGUCGCGGCACAGCUCAGCGCUUGGUUCUGCACCGGCCACCGCCAACUCCAGCACGUUGUCUGCGGGGUCCAUCUCCAUCUCACCGUCGUCAUGCGCCAGCAGUCGUGCUGCCUCGAUGUCGGUACUCCCGUCUCAACACAAAGGCGUUGUGCUUUCGGCAUCGCCUACGAGCGACGGUGUGGGUGCCGGGCACAAGCCAGAACACGGCGCUGGUGAUGCGCACCAGCAAGAGCAAGAGCAAGGGCAAGAGCAGGAGCAGAAGCAGGAGCGAGAGCGAGAAUCCCUCCCGUCCACCAGCUCGCUGCCUGCGAUGGUACAGGCAACACUUGAACACCCACACACAGCCACAGCAACUGUAGACGCAGCAGGUAUGCCGCUUGGCGGACGCGAGCGGGCCAUCAGCAUGCCUGUGAUGCAGGAGCAGCGGCCACACCACCAGCCACCGGGCUCUGCGCCAGCGGAGAAUCCUGACACGCCAUUCUGGAACGAGUUCAAACGGCAGGCGCACACCACCGUGGUGAUCCACGAAGGGCAGGUGGCACAGGAACAGACAGACCCGCUCACCGACCUCACGCUGGAACAGCGUCUUCUGCUGUUGAGAGCAGCAACGAUGGGUGCGAUGACGCAGGAUGAGGUGCUGUCGUGCGGGCAGGCGCUCGUUGCUGCUCGGCACGCGCAACAGGGGGAUCAAGUCGCCGCCAUCGAGGCACAGGUGCAGCACACCAUUGAGACGCUUGAGUUUUCCGCACCUCCGCCGUCAUCGCCACACCUGUCAUCUUCGUCAACAUCGGCGCAUCUUGGCGCGUCGCCAUCACCGACAGAUGCGUCCCGCUCCCGUGGCAGCAGCAACGCAGCCGUACACCAGCCGCACACGGACGGGGUGCUGGGCAAGAUGGGCGUGCUCGACGACGUGCAGCGGCGAGCAGUGAUGGAGACGGUGGCAGCCGGCAACCUGACCAUGGACGAGGCACUUGCACUCGUGGAGGCGUAUCUGAGAGUGGAGACACGCGGUGAUGCAGACGCACAGGACGGCGUGCACGGCGAAGGGGUCGUGGUCCGUGCUGACGGCGAUGGUGGUGGUGAUGUGAAUGGUGGUGGUGACAGCAAAGGUGGGGGGAAAACGGAGACGAACGGCAGGGCGGAUCAAGGCGACAGUGGUGCAAAUAUUGCGCACGAAGAUGUCAGAGCAACAGUAACAGCAACAGCAACAGCGAGCGUCACUGGUGUUGAGGACAGUGACGGUCAUGCUGUUGCGAACGCGCCAUCAUCCACUCCAUGUCGCGAUGAUGAUGGCAGCGAAGUGCAGGGGACGGAGGCGCAGCUGUCGGCGAUACGCAACGCAGUGAAGACCAGCGGUGACGAUGAUGAUGAUGAUGACUUUGACAUGUACGACAGCGAUGAUGAUGACGAUGAUGGACGCGGGAACGACGAGGUGGUGGGUGGAGCACUGAAUCUGCUCAGCAUUGGGGAACCGUGCACAGACACUGGCGGUGUAGUUGGUUAUGGUCGUGUUGGCGAUGGUGAUGUUGGCGAUGGUGAUGCUGAUGCGUUGCAGCAUCAAGCGUCGACUACAACAGAGUCAUAUGGUGACAAUGAUGGCGGUAAUGGUGGUGGCGACGAUGCAAAGUCUGAGGCGAGCGACUAUGUUGACUUUGACGGAGAGGCCCCGACAAAGGAAACCAUCGCAGCCGUGGUGGGCAGAGGGGAUGACGAUGGUGGUGGUGGUGAUGAUCAUGGUGGUGAUCAUGGUGGUGAUGAUGGUGGUGACGGUGGUGGUGAUGGUGACGUUCAUGGCAGCAACGCAGUGUCAAGCGAUGAUGAGAGAACGGAGAAGGGUGGCACUUUAACAGAGCAACAACACAGCGUGGAAGCAACAACAGGUGCACGGGCUGCUGAUGGCGAUCACGACCUCGUGAACAUCAUGACAACAGUCACACAAGUGCCACCAGCGGCACCAGCGGCACCAGCGGCGCCGUUCACCCGUGCUGAUCGCAUGGAUGACAUGCGACUGCUGCGUGCCAGUUCUCCGAAUCGCGCACGUGACCGCACCAGCAGCAGGACAGCACUGCUGACGGACGACGAUGACGAUGGUGGUGAAGCCGGUGGUGCAAGUGAUGUUAUGAUUGUUGCAUCAGAGGCAUCCACGCCACAACAAGCGUCACAAGCGGACAGCGGCAGUAUUGGUGGUGGCUCUGGAACACACGAGGCCAACACAUCCACAACGACCUCUCUUUCGCCGCCACCACCAGCGUCGUCGGAAUCAUCGCCAUCAUCAUCACAGGUGCGGGAGUCGCGAGCACGCAGUUUCCUGUCACGCUUGAAGCAGUUGCGCCCGUCACCGGGUGGCAAGGGCAGCCGGCGUGGCGGCAGUGACGAUGGUGAUGGUGAUGGUGAUGACGAUCAUGAUGAUGGUGGUCAUGAUGGCGAGAGGCAAGGAGGGAAACUGGCCAAGUUGCGAGCAAUGAUGAGAGCGCGCAUGCUGAAGGUUAAGCGACGAGACACCAACACUGACGAUAAAGGUGCUGAUGAUGGUGCUGAUGAUGAUCAUGAUCAUGAUGAUCAUGAUGGUGACGGUGGUGACGGAGAUGAGAGCGACGAGGCGUUCUUUGACCGGGCCAUCCACGAGCUUGAUGACGUGCAGCGGCUUGGCAUCAUGCGCGCUGUAUCCGACGGUGGUCUCACGGUGGCGGAGGCGCUCGCCCUCGUGGCCUCAUAUCUGCACAUCGAACACGGCCACCAGCACCAACAGCAGCAAUAACGGCAGCAACUGCUGC